AUGCAAUUCUAUCACAUCCUUGCCCUUGCUAUUGCCGGCACUGUUUUGGCCUCUCCCGCGGCCAUUGCCGAAGAGGUUGAUGUCGACGUGCGAAGCACCGAAAGUAAAGUAGCCGAGGCCUUUGAAUCACGCGCGGACAAAUGCUUGUACCGUUACUGCAAGAGCGCGAGGGAUUGCUGCCCGAGGAUGGCGUGCUACUCAAAGAGCUCAUCUUGUGUCUACUAA